GCGCGAGCAGUCAACAUGGCGCCGGUUGCCAUGGGGAUGGCGGGAAGUCGCGCCAGCAGUCAACAUGGCGCCGGUUGCCAUGACGAUAUGGGGGGGGGGGGCGCGCCAGCAGUCAACAUGGCGCCGGUUGCCAUGGCGAUAUUGGCGUUGGGGGGGAGAGGGGGCGCGCCAGCAGUCAGCAUGGCGCCGGUUGCCAUGGCGAUACGUGGGGGGUGCCAGCAGCCAGCAUGGCGGCGGUGGCUCCGGAAGGGGCGUGGCGUCAGCUAUAAAAGGCGGCGCUGGCGGCGGGCCACUUCCGGUUGCGCGGCGGGCUCUGAGGGAGCGGGCGGCGCUCGGCGCUCCGUGCGGUUCGAAGGCCGCGGUCGCGGUUCCAGGGCCCGGUUUGGGAUCCCCGGUCCCCGGUUGGGUUCCCCGGUCCCGGUUGGGUUCCCCGGUCCCCGCAGCCAUGUCGGACACGUGGAGCUCCAUCCAGGCGCACAAGAAGCAGCUGCACUCGCUGCGGGAGCGGCUGCAGCGCCGCCGCAAGAUGGAGCCGCUCGGUCAGCGCGGGGAGAACGGGGGUCAGGCGGCAGACCCGCCCCGCACGGCCAGCCCCGCCCCCUCCCCCGCCAGCCCCGCCCCCGCCGCCCCCUCGAGCCAAUCAGGAGCCUGCGCCGCCGAGGCCCCGCCCCCCGACCCCGCCCUGGAGCGGCGGCUGCUGCUGCGAUUGGCCGACGUGGCGCUCCCGCUGCCCGCCGACUCGGCCGCCAUUGGCCGCUCCAUCGCCACCGCCGAGGCGCCGGCGCCGCCGCGCCAGGUGGAGAGCCUGCUGGAGAAGUUCGCGGCGCAGGAGCUGAUCGAGAUCAGGCGGCUGCAGGACGGCGGCGCCACCCUCGUCACCUUCGCCGACCACUCCAAGCUGGCGGCCAUGACGGGCGGCGGCCCCGAAACGCCGGGAAUUCGCCCCAAAAGCGACAGGAAGCGGCGCGGCGACGAGGAGGAGGCGGCGGGCGGCAAGAUGGCCGCCGGCGGGGAGCGCGAGGCCGGCAAGGAGGCCAAGAAAUGGCGGAAGCAAGCGAGCGAGGUGGAUCUGGAGAUCGAGAGCCUGCUGAGUCAGCAGUCCACCAAGGAGCAGCAGAGCAAGAAGGUGAGCCAGGAGAUCCUGGAGCUGCUGAACACGACCACGGCCAAGGAGCAGUCGAUCGUGGAGAAGUUCCGGUCGCGCGGGCGCGCGCAGGUGCAGGAGUUCUGCGACCACGGCACCAAGGAGGAGUGCGUGCGCGCCAGCGGCGCCGCGCGGCCCUGCCCCCGCCUGCACUUCCGGCGCAUCAUCAACAAGCACACGGACGAGUCGCUGGGCGACUGCUCGUUCCUCAACACCUGCUUCCACAUGGACACCUGCAAGUACGUGCACUACGAGAUCGACGGGCGGCCCUCGCCCCCCCGCCACGCCCCGCCCCCCCCGCCCGGCCCCGCCCCGCCCGCCCCGCCCGGCGACCGCGCCGCCGACCGCCUCUUCCCGCCACAGUGGAUCUGCUGCGACAUCCGCUACCUGGACGUGCGCAUCCUGGGCAAGUUUGCGGUGGUGAUGGCCGACCCGCCCUGGGACAUCCACAUGGAGCUGCCCUACGGGACGCUGACGGACGACGAGAUGCGGCGCCUCAACAUCCCCGUGCUGCAGGACGAGGGCUUCCUCUUCCUCUGGGUCACCGGCAGGGCCAUGGAGCUGGGCCGCGAGUGCCUCAACCUGUGGGGGUACGAGCGCGUGGACGAGAUCAUCUGGGUGAAGACCAACCAGCUGCAGCGCAUCAUCCGCACCGGGCGCACCGGCCAUUGGCUGAACCACGGCAAGGAGCACUGCCUGGUGGGGGUGAAGGGCGCCCCCCAGGGCUUCAACCGCGGGCUGGACUGUGACGUCAUCGUGGCCGAGGAUCACGCUGGGGAACCAGCUGGACGGCAUCCACCUGCUGGACCCCGAGGUGGUGGCGCGCUUCAAGCAGCAUUACCCCGACGGCGUCAUCGGCAAGCCCAAGGGGCUCUGAGCGGCCUCCACACCCGCCGUUCGGGCUACGAG